AUGUCUUCCACAACACUGACAACCACCAAAGUUGCCCCCAGCGGCACCAUUAGCAUUCAGCCCCAAGAAGCUUCACACACAGCUCACGGCAAUGAACUCAAGGACAAGACACCACUUCAAGCAAUGUCGCAUGGCGAUGUUGUCUUGAAAGGAAUCCCAACACAUCCAGACUUUUCAUCACACCGGAAAUGGCAGCUGGAGCAUAUGGCUGCCGCCUUUCGUCACUGGCAUCGAGAGGGCUACGUUGAAGGGAUGAGUGGCCACAUUUCUGUUCGUGACCCCGAGUUUCCCAAUGCCUUCUGGACGAACCCUCUGGGUCGUCAUUUCGGACUUCUUAAGGUCAGCGACAUGAUUCUUGUCAACCUUGACGGCGAAGUCAUCGGCGGAAACCGAUCUCGACCUCCAAACACAGCUGGCUUCCUCAUCCAUGCGUCAGUUCACAAGGCUCGACCUGACACACACGCCAUCUGCCACUCUCACAGCAUCCAUGGAAAGGCGUGGUCCGUCUUCGGUCGUCGGCUCGAGAUGCUGACACAGGACGCCUGCAAGUUCCGAGGAGAUGCCCACAGCGUUUACAAUAGCUACGGAGGAGUGGUACUGGGGAGCGAAGAGGGUGAUCGCAUCGCUGCGGCUUUGGGCCCACGAGGCAAGGGUUGCAUCCUACGAAACCACGGCAUCCUCACCGUUGGACAGACUGUGGAUGAGGCUGCUUGGUUGUAUACCUCGAUGGAAAACACAUGCCGCGUGCAGCUUCUUGCUGAGGCUGCUGCUGCGAAUGGUGUCCCCAAAGUUCUCAUCACGGAUGAGGAAGCCAACUUCAACUUUGACGUUGAGAGCGACCCGGAGAUCUGUUACUGCGAGUUUCAAGUGUACUAUGAUUUGGAAGAUGAACUGUCGAACGGAGACUUUAAGAACUAG